GCGCGGUGACGUAUGACGUACAGGUUCUCCCCCUGAGCUCGAGCUGGUGUCGUGUGUCGCGGUCAAAAUGGACCGGACUCUGCCUGGAUGAGACCUAAAGUUGUUUAUGUUUAUGAUGUGCCUCGUUAUAUUGCGUUGAGUAUUUGAUCUAUUUUAAUUAGUUGUAAGUUUUCACUCGUACACAUGGGAUUCAAAAUGUGGUGGACGUUACUUCUGGGCGCGUUAAUGGCGGCAGAAUACACCACUGCUAUAAGUGUGAAUUGCCCCACCAAAAGGUAUGUGGUGAUCCUGUUUCAACCCGUUACCCUGGUUUGUAACUACCAGACCUCAUCCAGUCAGUCCCCUGUGGUGCUGUGGAAGUACAAGUCCUACUGCAGGGACCCAGUGCAGGCUGCGCUGAACCCGAGCAGUGCUGAGAACAUCCUGGCUCAGAACAACCCCAACUACGACCCCAACAUUGAGUGUGCGGACUCCCAACGGACGGUGCGAAACGUUGCCUCCAAAGACAACACUGCAGUCACUCUGGGCCCGGAAUACCAGGGACGCAAGAUCAGUAUCACAAACCGGGCUGACCUGAACAUAGCCCAAACAGCAUGGGGAGACAGUGGAGUGUACAUCUGCUCCGUGACCUCCUCCUCGGACCUCAGUGGGAACACGGAGGACUACACCGAACUCAUUGUGCUCGAGAGAAAGUCAAAUACUACUGAUCUUCUGCCUGAGGUUGACUUACUGGUUAUGGAAGACUGGCUCCUGGUGGUCCUGGUGGUCCUGGGCUUCCUCUUAUUACUGCUGCUCAUUGGGAUCUGCUGGUGCCAGUGCUGCCCUCACACCUGCUGCUGCUACGUUAGCUGCCCCUGCUGUCCUGAGCGCUGCUGCUGCCCCCGAGCAUUGUAUGAGGCAGGUAAAGCAGUGAAGAAGGGCAUGGCCAGUCAGUACGCUGCCACCCUGUACGCCCCCAGCAUGUACGGACAGCCCGCCUACAGUGGGAUGAACCAGCCUGCCAUGCCCCUGCUACCUGUGCCCAAUGGCAUGGGGGGACCACCACCCAACAGUUAUGGACGGGACUAUGAUGGAGCCAGUUCAGUGGGACAAGGCUCCCAGGUGCCUUUACUUCGGGACCAAGAUGGCGGAGGGGAUCAUAUGCGCAGUGGAUAUCGCAUCCAGGUGGACCCUGAUGGGAAUGCCACUCGUGCCAUUUACUACAUGGAGAGAGAACUGGCCAACCUGGACCCAUCCAGACCUGCUAAUUACAACCGUAUGGACAACAUGAGUGAGGUGAGCUCUCUUCAUGACAGUGACAGGAGCAGACCAGCAGGGCGCUCUCAGCCUCCGGCCCUGUCCACAGUGUACGACCGGGAUGAGGCCAUGAGCACCAUCAGCAGUGUGUCCCAGCACGUGAACAGGCGCCCGGACGACAGGAGAAAUGGAGAGUACCGAGUACGCGCUCGCUCUAUGGACAAUCUGGAUGACAUCGGCCGACAUUCUGACCGUGAUGACUACCGACGACGCCCUGAGGAGCCACGGGGCAGGAGAGGCUCGGACGAUGAAUGGAGCAGCAGUGCUCGCAGUGGAUAUGACCGCGGGUACGACCGUGUCUAUGAUGACCGUAGGAGGCGGGACUACUCUCCAGAUGAUCGGCGCCGAGGUGGAGGAGCAAACAGCGCUCUGGCAGGCAGACGCAGCCGUAGCCGGGAUGACCUGAUGGACCUGGAGAGGGACCGGCGCUAUGCGGGCGGAGCCAGAGGGGGGCGGGACGACUAUGACGACAGCAUCCUGCGAGAGGCCAUGGAGAGGAAGAAGCUGAGUGAGCAGCAGAGGGCGCGCAGUCGAGAAAGACUGGACAGUGAGAGUGACCGCUCCGACAGGGGCAGAGUCAGACCUCCACCUCUACCCUCUAACCCCCCCUCUGGCUUCCCUGGUCGCCGGGAUGACUUCCCCCCUCCUCCUCUCCCUCCCCCCUAUAGUGAUAACGAAAGUGUGUCAUCUUCAAAGAAAAGCAACCUCCGCAAGAAUGGAGCUGUUAGUCGGGAAAGCCUGGUGGUAUAAACAUUAAGUACCAUGAUUCAGCUUCCAUCAGACUGUAAAUAAGAUUUACAACUUGGAUUUCAUGCCAUGUUAAAUUUUUUUACUGAGAUUUUUUUUUUUAUUGAUUAUGAAUUUUUUUUGUAUUUUAUGUUCUAAAUCAUUGUGGCUGCCACAAGUGCCUUAGCCUGUACAGAAGGUGUGAAAGUUGAUGAUGUGUGGCUGAAUGCAUUGUUUUUUAAAUGUAAUCUCUUAGUGCCUUUCUGUGCUGUAUACAACUGUAUCUUUCUGUUAAUGGGCAUAGAUUUAUAUAUAAACAAGUAAAAAAAUAUAUAUGUGUGGGUGUGUGUGUGGGAGUGAGUGUGUGUGUAUGUGUGUAUGUAUAAAAAGCAGAUCUAUUUUAGUAGUGUACCGUAGUUACACAAAACACAAGUUUUAAAUGUAUUCAGUGUUUUAUGUCUGUAUAUUGUACAGCCUUUUGAAUGGUGCAGAUUUAUCAUUUAGUAAAUUGAUUUCAUUUUUUGAAUAUGCUUUUUACAAUAAAUGUCUGACAGACAAUUUACUAGAGUUUCUUUUGCCACUAGAUGACACCAUUUCACAUGGUUCAUAACAGUCAAAUUCACUGGAUGUGUCUCUUUACUUGUUACAGAACAAGUCCUUAUUUCAUUCAAAUAAAAAAUAUGAAUGUGU